AAAGAAAAUUUAUGCCUAGUUUUUUUUCAAUCUUGGCUGUUUUUUCCAAUUAUCUCCAAUACAAAAAUGACUUCUUCCCAUUCUUGCAAAGCACAGGUAGAAGCGAGGGGACAAACUCAAGGUUUAAAGACAAUGUGACUUCGACUUAUAGUGUGAUCAGCUUCUUGCGUGAGUACCAAAGGAUUGUGGAGCAAGUGAAUGUGUCAGAGGAGUAUGAGGAUAAUGAAAGCAAUUGUAAACAUCCAAAAGAACUAAUGUUUGGAUACACAAUAGAGAGGCAAGCACAAGAAGUCUACAAUAGAAACAUAUUCAAGAAAUUCCAGUUCCAGUUGCAAUCAACACCAAGGCUAAGUUACAACAGAACAUCUAAUCUGCAUACUUUCGAGGUGUAUCCAAAAUCAAACCAAGAAGAAAAGCCACAUAAAAUAAGGAGGUACCUUGUUAUGGCUAACCUAACAUAUGGAAUGGAAGAGUUCACUUGUGUAUGUGGCAAGUUUGAUAAGGAUGGCAUUUUAUGCUCCCAUAUACUUAAAGUGAUCAUUGAAGAAGGGCUCACGAAAAUCCUAGAGCAAUACAUACUGAACAGGUGGAAGAAAAAACAGAAACAAAUAGAUGGACCACUGCUGCGUGCAUCAAUGCCAACCCACCCAGUGCUAAGACACAACCUAUUGAGCCGGAAAGCAGCAUUACUCACAUCAGCAGCAACAAAAACAGAGAAAACUAUGGAGUUUAUAUGUGAAGAAUUAGACAAACUACAAGAAAAGGUUUGCCAAAUGCUAUCAUUAGAAGAAGAUGUAAUAGCAGGACCUUCGACAGGAAGAGAGAAGGAAGACAAUGCUGCAAAACAUACAGGACCAGUAGUUGAAAAUCUGCAUAACCCUGAAGCAGUUAAACAGAAAGGAAGACCAAAAAAACCUACAAGGUUAAAGCCACUAGUGGAGGAAAUCCGCAUCAAGAUGAAGAAGGCAGAGCAAAAGAAAAACAAGAAAACAAGCAAUGCAGCAGCAAGCCCACAAGGAAAGGAGAAGAAGAAGAUGAAAAGAACAGCACCUUGAAGAAUUACUGCUCCCCCUCCUAACAGAACCACCAACACUCACACUGAAAAAGAUGCAGAAAAAAUAGAGAGAAAAAUGAAGAACACUUAGUGGAGAAAGGGGAAGGGAUGGACUGUGCAAUUAUGAUAUAUUCAUAUAGUUGGUGCAAACAGCAAAAAAAGUUUGUUUUUCUUUCAGUUGAGUCAUGUAAUCGCUUGCAAAAACAAAGUGUUGAAAAACAGAUCAUGCUUGCCUGAUUA